UGCCCAAUAAAGACCAAGGCUCACUUUAGACUUUGUUGGUUCAUUAUCAAAAAUGGACGACUGUGACCAGAGCUUACCUUGGCCUGGUUUCAGUGGUGCAACAAGCAAUGGAUCUUCUUCUUUCAUGGAGCCAUGGCCAAUCGAGCCUCAUUUCACGGCUUCGAGCUCGGUCCAGUGCCACGGUUUCCCUCCGCUGACGACGACCGAUAAAGCCACGACCAUUUCCAAGAGCCAUAGCGAAGCCGAGAAGCAGCGGAGGGAUCGGAUUAACGCACAGCUUACGGGUUUGAGGAAACUGAUCCCCAAGUCUAACAAGAUGGACAAGGCAGCAUUGUUAGGAAAUGCAAUAGAGCAAGUCAAGGAUCUAAAGAUGAAGGCAACAGAAAUCAGCAAAGCCUUCACUAUACCCACCGAGUCCGAUGAAGUGACGAUCGAUUGCAAUGUUUCGGAAGACAAGAUGUUCAUCAGGGCUUCGGUGUGUUGCGAUGACCGGCCGGAAGUGUUUGCGGAGCUUAUCCGAGUGCUCAAAGAGCUGAGGUUAAGCAUCGUCGACGUCGAGAUUACGAGUAUCGGUGGAAGGAUCAAAAACGAAUUGAUCGUUCGCGAUAACAAGAGUGAUAAAGAGGGUGUUGAGGAUUCGAUGAGCACACUGAAACAGUCGUUGAAUGUGGUCGUAAACAGGAUUAAUGCUUUAUCAUCGGAUGCAUCCAAAUCCAACUGGCGGAUAAGAAGCAAGAGACAACGCUUGUUCCUGCCUUCCCACUUUCCUCAAUGAACAAAUUAUAUAUGAGUAAACUACAAAUGUUAUCACUCAUUAAUGUACUUCUCACUCUUAUUUUAAUCAUUAAAAUUUAAAAAAAUUAACUUA